UUACACGUCGUUUGCAACGAUAAUCGGUGAUAAGGGUGGAUCGAGCAGUCAGUUGAGAGUCAGAUCAGAAGCUGAUCGGUUCUGACGCGCUGCUUGUUCCUGAUGCAACGCAACGCGAGCCGGUUUCCAACGCGCGAAUCGUCGAUACAGAUGAAGGUCGUGGUGUAACUUCAGAGACAGAAAGAGUACUUGUGAAGAAACGAGAAGGCCUUUACGAUGAUGGCUCAAUUCACCAAGAGGCAAUGGCUCACGUUGAUCGUCAUCAGCCUAGCUGAUUUCGCUAAUGCGAUCUGCGUGUCGCUGCAGGCGCCGUUUUAUCCUCAAGAGGCCUCGAUGAAAGGUGCCACAGCAUCGGAGUAUGGAUUGGUCUUCGGAGUGUUCGAAUUGGUCGUAUUCAUCAUUAGCCCUGUCUAUGGACAAAACUUACACCGAAUCGGGCCAAAGCUGUUGUUCAACGGCGGCAUCCUGACGGCAGGGACCUGCGCUAUCUUUUUCGGCCUGUUGGACAAAGUGGACGGCCAUUAUCCCUUCAUAAUACUCUCGUUUGUGAUUAGGAUCAUCGAGGCGAUGGGUAACGCGGCCUUUCUUACAGCCAGCUUCGCCAUUAUCGCUAAAGAGUUCCCGGAUAAUAUCGCCACGACCUUCGCCAGUUUGGAGACCUUUUUCGGUUUGGGUCUCAUUGUUGGCCCCACUGUGGGCGGCGCUCUUUAUCAGGUAAGCUUGAAAAUAUUUGUCUCGAUCCAUCUUUCGCAGGAAAAGUAUACUCGCGGUAGCUCUCUGUUCUUAACCGCAGUUGCGACUAUUUUCAUUCUCCCAGUUCAUCCUAACAACAACCAAAAUCCUCACAGUGCAGGAGGAGUGACGAGAGCUUUGAAAAUUCCAGGCGUGCUGGUCGCCAUGGCGUCGAUAAUCGCGACUAGUAUGAGCAUUGGAUUUUUACAAGCAACAUUGGAACCACAUUUAAGGUCGUUCAACUUGAGCCCCGUCGUUUUGGGUCUAAUGUUCGUUAUUAACGGUGGCACUUACGCCAUUACCGCCCCUGCGUGGGGCUGGCUCUGCGAUAAGCACUCCCAUCCAAAAGUGGCAACUGUAGCCGGGUGCAUUCUCGUGGUGGUGGGAUUUUGUUUAGUUGGUCCGGCACCAUUUAUACCAUGCCCAACCAUACUUUGGGUGUCCAUAUGUGGUCUGGUAGUUCACGGCUUGGGUAUGGCUGCUCAGCUGGUUGCCAGUUUCACGGAUGCCUUGAGAACAUCAAUACAAUAUGGAUUUCCAAAUAAUCUGGAGACUUACGGUCUAAUUAGUGGACUGUGGACAAGUACGUUUGCUCUUGGAGCUUUUAUUGGACCAAGUGUGGCAGGAAUUCUCUUAGAUAAUAUCGGAUUUAGAAACUCUACUAUGUUCAUCGUAUUCCUUCACCUGCUAGUGGGCGUGGUGGCAGCGGUGUUCCUGAGUAGUUGCACGCGAGGAAGCAAACCGUAUACAGAGAUCGGCACAGCGGAGGACCUUAGGGUACCGCUGACAGACAGUGGGCAUUCGCGGAGCGGCAGCCUACGUCAUAGCCGUGGCCAGAGCGUACCGAUCGACAGGCCCAGCGGCAUGAAUUCCCUGAUCGCGUGCAACAGUUACUCGAACAGAGCUGGCGCGUGGUCCCGGGCGUCGUACAGCGGCAGAUAUUCCCACAGUUACGGCUCCAUCGAAGCAAAAGGCUACCUGGAGCUGACCACGUGAUGCCCUGCAGGGCCAGACGCUCGCCGACACAUCUCGAACAGGGUCGUGCCAGCAGUAUUGCUUCGUGAACCUAAUCUGACGUUUGGGAACUGUCUCUUUGUAGUCACUCCACCAACAGGGAUUUUGAGGAUACUGCGUGGAAAAGCGUUUUCACUCUUUCGUUGUAGGGGUGGGAAGGGUUGAAAUAGCAAAUGAAAUGACGAAGACACGUUGAGGAAAAUUUUGCUUUGACCCUCUGACUGCUGACUAUUUAGAACGGUAGACAUGCAGUACUAGCUGUUAAGGAUUAUUGAUAUCGACACGUUCCACGUGAUGAUUAUUGCAACGAAGUUGAAAAGUCGAAUAGAAAUAUUGGGUGAACGCGAAAUUCUGUCGGUUUUAAGUCGAAAUGUGUUAGUCUUACGAAGAACAGCAGUGUCACGUAAAGAAGCACAUGUUUGGUAUUCCGCCGUGAAAACUAAUACAUUAUACUGUUUCCCCACGAAGAA